AGAGAUAAGAAACUAUUCAUUUCAAACCUUAAAGAGAGUUAGCUAGCUGAAUUUGGAUCAACAUCUACUUUACAAAAUCAGACUUAAAUCUUUCAUUCAGAAAAUCGAAGAGAACUAGCUAGCAGAAUUUGGAUUAGCAUCGACUCGAUCUAUAAAGUCAUAAUCAAAUCUUUAUGUCGCCUUUUCCAAAUUCAUUCUUGAAUAAUAAUUCGAGGUCGUGAAGAGAUUACCUCUACAAAGUCAGAAUUGAAUCUUUCAUUUAGAAAAUCAAAGAGAACUAGCUAGCAGAAUUUGGAUCAGCAUCGACUCAAUCUACGAAGUCAGAAUCGAAUCUUUCUGUUGAAUUUUUUGAAUUCAUUUGUGAAUAAUAAUUCGAGAUCGUAUAGCGAGUACUCAUGGAGAAACCAUGCAAGUCAUCAAAGAAGAAAAUUACAAUCUUGAAAUUACUACCAAAAGCAGCUGCAGCAGUUGCUUUUAUACUACAAAAUGCACAUGCACCUUUUAGUCCAAGCAGAGAAAAAAGAUUAGCAGCAGAUCAUGAACACAAAAAUCAUCACCAUAAAGGAUUUACCGGCCCAAUUAUACCAGUAAUUCCGGCCCAUCAAUCCUCCGGACGAAAAUCCGAGCCCGGUUCGCCAAAAAUCUCGUGCAUCGGGCAAAUCAAGCACAAUAAGAAGGUAAAGAAGACGUUGAAUCGCAUCAACAGUAGCGAGAAAAUGAGCACUAGUAAAAAUCAACAAAAAACCGUUACGAAGAAAUCGAUUUCUAAUUUUAGAAAUAUAUUUGGUGGAAAAUUGAAAUUGAUAUCGGGGAGAAAAUCAGAUGUUGUAGCUGAAAAUAUUAUUUGUAAGUUUCCUGAUAGAGCCCCUUGUUUGAGUCAAAUGCAACGGUUCGCUAGUGGUAGGGAAGCGCAGACCAAUUUUGACUGGAGGUCGAUACAAAUUUCACCUCAAGAUCAACGUAAGUAUUAUACGGACGAUGAUGGAGGAUAUAGUAACGAUGAAGAUGAAGAUGAAGACGACGAAAAAGAAACGAUUAGUUCUUUUUCUGCUCCAAUAUUAUUAGGUAGAAGUAGAACAACUAUAUGUUUGGAGCCAAGGAAGGAAAUUAAUUUAUGGAAAAGGAGAAUUAUGGUCCAACCUAAGCCUCUCCAAUUGCCUUAGAUAAGUUCAAAUUGUUUUUUUCUUUCUUUUCUUUAGUUUCUUGUUUUUGUAUAAUUUCUUCUUAAUAAUGUAUGAUAUGUUGUAAAUGAAAAUUCAUUCAUUUAAAAGUAGAGUUAAAUUAAGUAUACAUAUACUCAUAGUGUAAUAUGUAAUUU